AUGGAUUUUCAAUACCUGAAGGAGUACCUGGGCUGGCUGUACUACCAGUACCUGCUCAUCACAGGCAUAUAUGUGCUGGAACCCUGGGAGCAGUCCAUCUUCAACUCUGUCGUCUUCUCCUCCAUGACCAUGGUCAUCUACACCUCCUACGUCUUUGUGCCUGUCCACGUGCGUCUGGCACACAACUUCUUCUGCGGGAAACAGCCAGAGAGCACCAUGGCACUCAUAAACUGA